AUGCGCCUCACGCUGCAGAUGCUGAUCUCCCAUGGCCGGGUGGCACGGAAGAUGGGCCUUGGCCCGGAGUCGAGGAUUAAUAUGCUGCGGAACAUCUUGACAGGACUUGUUCGACACGAAAGGAUAGAAACUACGCAAGCCAGGGCCGACGAAGUUCGAUUUUACGCCGAAAAGCUCAUUGACUAUGCCAAGAAAGGAGACACCGAUGAAAAAGCAAUGAAAAUGGCCAAUUUUUGGCUCACGGAGAAGGACCUUGUUCCAAAGCUCUUUAAAGUCCUCGCUCCGCGUUAUGAAAACCAGUCGACUGGCUACACACGGAUGGCCCGGAUCCCCAACAGAGAGAACCUGGACAGAGCCAAGAUGGCCGUGUUGGAGUACAAAGGCAACCCUUUUCCACCUCUUUAUCCUGUGAGGAAGGAGAAUGAACUGACCCUCAUCAACCAGCUCCUCAAAGGCUAUAGAGAGGAGAGAGCAAGAAUGCUGGCUGCACAGGCUUAACUAAUUCUACCAUGUUUUGGUUUUCUCAUGCUGCAACUUGAUGCAUUUCCUCACAUGGACAGUUUUUAUGUUCUUCUGUGAGCUGAAAUCAAGAGAUCUGUAAAAUAAGUUACUGGUCAUGUAAUAAUAAAUUGUUAAUUAUCUAAA